CGUUGUUAUGCUAAUGAUGUGUCAUCAACACAUUUGGGUGGAAGCUGCAGAUUAUGGGCCAAAUAAACUCAGUGGACAGUUAUUAAUAGUUGUCUAAAGGAUAUUACAAGAUAAAUAAGAAGCAUUCGUUAGCUAGCAGAUUGUAAUAAACUUAAACACGGAGACGGAAGUGGACACAAGCAGCGCUGGUGUCUUCUGGACAGUUAGCAAGGAAGCUAACUAACUAUUCAUCGACUCUUCCUCGGUUCCUGACAGGAGAGGAGAGGAGAGGGAUGUCCUGCAGCUUGUUUGAGUUUUGUCGGCUCCAAGAGCUCAGAACAGUCCGAGACUUCUUAUUCCAGAACCAGAGUAAAGAGUCCCUGGAGGAGAAGAAUCAAACAGAAGAGAAUGAGCUGUCCUGGGAUACCUCUGACUGGGAAUCAGGAUGGGAUAAUGGAGACAAUAAGGAGGAGGAGUCUACGUCUCUCUCAAAGGCAGAGGAGGAGCCACCGGGGCAGAGCCAACCCUGGCUGCAGGACUGCGUCGUUUCCUUGUCUCCCUGCGCCGACCUGCUGGUGGUCGCUCGAGAACAGAAAGCGGUCUUCCUCUCAGCAAAGUGGCGCACAGAUCAGAGCGGCAGAGAGGAGAUGACCUUGGCUGUGUCCUGGAGUGGAACUCUCAGCACAGAAGAAGGAGAGAGUGUCAGCAGUGUGAUCGCUAUCCCCCUGGCCAGCCAGAAGAGGAGCUCCACCGGACGGCCUGACUGGACAUGCAUAGUCGUUGGAUUCACAUCUGGAUAUGUCCGCUUCUACACAGAGAGUGGGGUUUUGCUCCUGGCCCAGCUGCUACAUGUGGACCCUGUUCUAAGGCUCAAAUGUCGCACCUAUGAGAUCCCUCGUCAUCCUGGCGUGACUGAACAGCACGAGGAGCUCAGCAUCCUUUAUCCUGCUGCUCUGGUCACAAUCGACGGCUUCAGCCUCUUUCAGUCGCUGCGGGCCUGCAGGAACCAGGUGGCAAGAGCUGCAGCAGCCGGCAGCGAUGUGGUCCCCCCUCCUCCUCUGGCCUACAAGAAGUGGGGUCUGCAGGAGAUGGACACCAUCGUGGACCACAGCAGCGCAGGCGUAAUGACCCUUUGUGUGUUUGACCAAAUGAAGAAUGCAUCCAUCCUGGGGGGGUUUCAUGCAUCAGUCAAGGGAAGCCCCCCUGCCAUGAGCCAGUUUGUGACUGUAGGAUCGGGGCCAUACACAGGAUUUUAUUACGCAGUGGAGGGAAACUCUCAGCCUCUCCUGUCCCACGUGGCUCUGGCUGUUGCCAGCAAACUCACCUCUGCCCUCUUCAACGCUGCCAGUGGCUGGUUGGGUUGGAACAAGAACAAGAGUGAAGAGGAAGCUGCUCAGAAACAGAAACCUAAAGUGGAGCCUGCCACCCCCUUAGGGAUCAGAUUCGGUCUGCCGGAUUCCCGCCGCCACGGCGAAUCGAUCUGUCUGUCGCCUUGCAACACGCUCGCUGGAGUCACUGAUGACUUUGGUCGAGUGGCGCUGCUGGACCUGGCAAGGGGCGUCACCAUCCGCAUGUGGAAAGGGUACAGAGACGCCCAGCUGGGCUGGCUGCAGGUUCAGGAGGAGCGUGGGGAUCGGGAGUUCUCCCCCUCCGCUUCACUCCCCAGACGUCACGCUCUGUUCCUCAUCAUCUACACCCCCCGUAGGGGGAUCCUGGAGGUGUGGGCCAUGCAGAGGGGCCCUCGAGUCGGUGCAUUCACUGUAGGCAAAUAUUGCAGACUCCUUUAUGCGGGCUACCAUCUGAUGGGGGUGAACAGUGUGACCAGUCAGGGCUGGCAGCUGCACACGCAACAGGUGUGUCUCCUGGAUCCCACUACAGGAGCUCUGAGGACCAUCAGCAUCCCCUUCCAUCUGGCCCUCAGUGACAAAAAGAAUGAGCGGGCUAAAGACAUGCACCUGCUAAAGAGACUGAGCGCCGUGUUGAAGAGCAGAGAUGUGGAUCCUGAUGCUUUGGAGAGAGAAGCAAAAAGCGCUUUGUUAGAAAUUAAACACCCGGCUAUUAAGAAGCAGGCUUUGGAGUCUCUGCUGUCAAACAAGAAUGCUCCAGUUUCCUGUCUUACUAAUGUUACCAGUGCCUUACAUGAUGCUUUGAAACAGCAAGAAGCAGAUGAAGUGGAGACAUCGUUACUCCAGCUCUGCUCCUCUCAUUUAAAACUGCUUCAGCUUUAUACGGACAUCCAGCAGCUGCAGUCUGCAGCAAACACUGACGUCUGCUCUCAAAAUGAUUCCCUCGAAGGCUUAGAGGAGGAGUUGUCGCGUGUUGAGCCCACCUUGCAACGCUACGCACAGCUCAGCUUCAAACCGUCGGUGUCUUUCGCGCAGGACUCUCCUGACACGCCGCUGUCCGCUCAGGCUUUCCUCACUCAGCUGGAGGUCACCGAGGAUGGACGGGUGAAGGUGAAUCGUGGGUCUGACGCUGAAUGGAACCAGUUAGGAAAUUUUCUGUUUUGGGGCUGCUUAUGUGGUAAAAGUCCCACCCAUAAAGUCUGUGACACACUACAGCUGGCCGGCUUCAGCCCACAGCAGCUACUGUCUUUGUUAAUGAGCGUAUGGCUGCAAAGGGAGAAGGAGGUGCUACAGAAGCCUGUAGAGACAGUCAAACAGCUUUACACGCUGCUCAUUGCCCUGAGCAACAUGGAAGGGGCUGUUGAGGAGUCUUGGGAUCCACAGUCUGUCUCCCCCUGGUGGCAGCAGGUUCGAUUAACAUGCAUCCAAUCUCACAAUGCUGCUGCUGCUUUACUGGCUGCGUUAGUGGCUCACUGUGCUGCCAAGACGAGCAUCACAAGCAGGGCUGACAGCAAGGUAGAGCGUCUCCCUGCUAACAUGGAAGCUAUCAGUCAGGUACCGAGCGCUGAAAUACCAACACUGCGUUUCUCUGCUGUGUUCCAGCUGCAAUCAGAGUGGGAGGCGGUGUCGUUGGAGCUGGAGCAGUGGGUGGUGUGCGUCCGUCAGCUGGAGGACAUGCUGGUCCUGCAAGCUCUUCUGUUGGUGCCUUCUCCUCAAGGAACAGCAGGCGGCGCUGUAGUUCAGUGUUCAAUCAAAACUCUGCUGGAGGGAGGCACAGGUGGUAUUGCAGACAGUGUUUCUAAGUGGGUGUUCAGGCAGAACAUCACGCCAGAGCGACUGAAGGAAAUUCUGCUGAGUAAAGAAACUGAAGACGAAAAGAAGCAGAAAGGGGAUGGAGGAGGAGCUGAAGAGAAGAGGAGCCAUGAGGAGGCAGACAGGACAGCAGAGCUGUUGUUGGCAGUUUGUCAAAGGUUCCCAGAUUCUUUGUCUCCAGACCUUCUCUUCGCCCACUGCAGCUGGGAGUAUGUAGUGCAGUGGAAUAAAGACCCAGAGGAGGCCCGAUAUUUCUUCAGCGCUGUGGAACAUUUAAAGCUUAUCUCCAGUCCUCACAUUCAGCUAGGUAUUUCCUCAAUGAUGUGGAGCACUUUCGUCGUCAAGCGUUUCUCAGCAGCUGCUUUCCUCAUGGAGAAGGUGGGGAAAGCACCCAAAGAUCGCUUAUGUCGACGGGAUGUGGGGAUCGGAGAUAAAGCCAUGACGUCUUUCCUGGGCUGCUGCGUCCAGCUGCUGCAGAUCCUCAUGGAGGUGACUGGAAUAUUGGUUAGGAAUCAGAGCUCUUUGUCUUUUAUGGCCUUCUAUGCGGACUCCGCCAUGGAGGAGGUUCGUGCUCCUGAGCUGUCUGUGGAGGAGGUGUGGAGUGGAGCUGAGGGCCCUGCGUCCAUCGCCCAGCUGGCCCUGGAGCAGAGAGGCGUUCACUACCCUCUGGUCCAGCACCACUGGCUGCUGGCAUCGAUUCUGCACGCUGCCAUGAGCUUCACGGUUAAAGUCAAGCCGCUCAGUCAGUUUGACAGCAAGGGUAAGAAUGCUUUCUUCAGGGAUCUGACCACCAUCCAGCUGAUGCCCAGCGGAGACAUGGACCCUGGCUUAGUCUCAUUACGGCAAGAGUUCCUCCUCCGGGUGCUAACUGGAUGGGUGCAGGCCAUAGACGACACUUUCUGCUCGACGUCCUUGCCUGCCUCCACACCUCUGCCCUCUGAUGGACCAAAAGCAGACUGGUGGCCCUCGCUGUGCAUUGAUCUUGGCUCCCUGCUGCAAGUCAAUCCAGAUAUCCUUCGUCGACACCUUGUCUGUGAGCUCUACAACCAAGGCCUCGACCUCCGAGCCGAAGAGGCCAUGCUGCAGGUUGAAGAUAAGGAAGUUCUGGGCUCCCAGCUCCUGGUGCUGACCGGCCAGAGAUUAAGCUACUCCCUGCUUCACAGCCAAAACCAGACGCAGGCUGCCAUGGAGCUGCUGGCUCGCCUGCCUCCAACCCUCUGCACAUGGUUAAAGGCAAUGGAUCCCAGUGAGCUGAGAUGCCCCCUGGUCUCUCUGUCCAAGACCAGCCGACUCGUUAGCCGUCUGAUAGAAAUGCUUCCAGAAAACCACGCUCAGUACAGCCUGGCCCUGCACCUCCUGGAAGCUGUGGACGUCCUCACUCUAUCUGCUGAAGGUUGAUCUUUGCUGACUGCACUAUAAAACCCGUCAGCUGCGCAUUAGAAAGGCCUGCACAUUUAGGUUUCAUCAGUCAAAUCACGGCAUUUAUUGUUCAGUGUUUAAAAAAGUGGCUUUUAACUUUGUUUUAUUAGCCCAUCAGUUUUUUUUUUGUUGUUGCAUGUAAUAUAAAAGGUAUUCAGUAUUUUUUUGUGUGUUUUCAGGAUGAUUUGUUGCGGAAAGGGGCAUGUUUAUUUUAUCACUAAAAUCAGCUGUCCUGUGGGACCUUCGAUGUUAUACUAACCAUUUCAGCUUUUGCACAGAAAACGUUUAUCAUAAAUGAAGAGAUGGAUGUUAUUUUUAUUUAUGAGCAGACAAAUCUGUAUUAACUGCAUCUGUAAUUUGAUGUCCUGCAGGGCUCUGAUUCAGAAUAAAGACAUUUCUCACUAA